AUGGGCUUCUUGCGCAGGGCCUCCCUCUCCAAGCCGGAGAAUGAGGCCGGCAAAGCAUGGCCGGCAAUUGCUAUGGGCUUCUUUGUCGCCUUUGGUGGUGUUCUUUUUGGAUGCAGCUACGAUACGGGCACUAUUAGUGGUAUUAUUGUUAUGCCAUACUGGAAAACGCAAUUUAGCACAGGCUUUUCUGAUAGCAAGGGGCCCAACAUUACUACCUCUGAAGAGUCUGCCAUUGUCUCCAUCCUGUCUGCUGGUACCUUUUUCGGCGCGCUCGCCUCGCCGUUCCUCGCCGAUUAUCUCGGACGUCGUCCUGGUCUCAUAAUUUCUACUUGGGUCUUCAAUUUGGGUGUCGUUCUCCAAACUGCUGCCACGGCUAUUCCCAUGUUUCUCGCUGGUCGUUUCUUCGCUGGUUUUGGAGUUGGCUUGAUCUCUGCGCUUAUCCCCCUGUAUCAGUCCGAGACAGCCCCGAAAUGGAUACGUGGUGCCAUUGUUGGUGCGUACCAGCUCGCCAUCACGAUUGGUCUGUUGCUUGCGGCCGUCGUGGACAAUGCGACAGCCCAGCGCAACGACAGCGGAAGCUACCGAAUCCCAAUCGCCGUUCAAUUUGCGUGGUCGCUGAUCCUGCUCGUCGGAAUGAUUCUUCUCCCCGAAACACCGCGUUAUCUGAUCCGUGCCAACAAGCUCGAAAAAGCUGCCAAGGCUCUCGGCAGAAUCCGACGUCUUCCCGCGGACCAUCCCGCUAUUGCUGAAGAACUGCACGAAAUCAAGGCCAACCACGACUACGAAAUGCGUCUUGGGGCUGGGACUUCGUAUCUUGAUUGCUUCCGGUCACCAGUCCUGAAGAGACAGUUGACGGGAUGUGCUUUGCAGGGGUUGCAACAGCUGACCGGUAUCAACUUUAUCUUCUACUAUGGUACAAAAUACUUUGAAAACUCAGGGAUUAAGAAUCCCUUCGUUAUUCAGAUGAUUACAUCGGCCAUCAAUGUUAUUUCGACAGUGCCUGGUCUGUAUGCUACAGAUAAGUGGGGUCGUCGUCCUCUGCUUCUGUUUGGUGCGAUUGGCAUGUGCAUUUCGCAAUUUAUUGUUGGCAUGUGCGGCACGUUUUCGACAGGCCAGAACUCGGAUGGGUCUAUUUUCUCAACCAAUGAUGCCGGGCAAAAGGCAGCUGUAGCCUUUGUGUGCAUCUACAUUUUCUUUUUUGCAUCUACGUGGGGCCCCCUGGCAUGGGUGGUGACAGGAGAAAUCUUUCCUCUGCAGACGCGUGCAAAGUCAAUCAGUAUCACGACGGCGAGCAACUGGCUGCUCAACUGGGCGAUUGCCUUUUCGACGCCGUAUCUGGUCAACUAUGGCGUGGGAAAUGCCAAUUUGCAGUCGAAGAUCUUCUUCAUCUGGUUUGGAGCUUGUUUCCUUUGCAUUGCAUUUGUCUACAUGUUCAUUUACGAGACAAAGAAUCUGACCCUGGAGGAAGUGGACCAGCUUUACACAGAUGUCAAGUUUGCGCCCAAGUCGACGUCGUGGCGCCCGACUGAGAGUUGGCAGCAACGCGCCAGCAUUGCCGCCCAGGGCGCCGAGAAGGCUCAGGGGGAGAAUGUCGAGAAUGUUGAGAAGACGACUGAAAUUGCUUGA